AUGAAUAUCAACGAAUAUCUAGGCCAUCCACCUCAGCAUCAUCCCCACCAGCAGCAACCUCACACUUAAUCAGAUUUCAGGCAGCAUCUGCCGAUCUAGCAAAUCUCGGAGCAUGACUACGUUACCAGAUCUGACAUGGCUCAGGUCAUAGUGACCAUUAUCUAGCAUUAUGAAAGGAGGAUUUAGUAACUUGAAUAAGGUUAUGAGGUGAUUAUUCAAUAAUUGAAGAUUAAUCAAGAUUAAAUUAACCAUAAUACCUAAGCAAACUUAAGAGACAUCACUUCCCCAACUAUUUUAACAGAUCACUCUUAAUAGAAUUCACUCCAGCAAACAGCUCCUACAUCUCACAAUCAGCAGGAGAAUACUCAUUCUAAUAAUAUUCAUAUAAAUCUCACUCAUAAUCAGAUCACAACUAAUAACACUAACACUGGUAAUGUGCUUUAACCUAAUAGCAGUCUCAUUAAUUAGUCAAAUACCUAACCUCAGUAGAGAAAUCAAGAGUCAGCAUCAACUAAACCAUCUGAGAUUUUAAGCACAGAAAAUUCUGAAUCAUCUCUAAGUUAGCCAAUAGUUACGGCUGCUGCAGGUCAUCAAACGAAUAAAUAAUUAAAGUCAUAUUCUUAAAACAAACCUAGGCAGAUAGAGAGUUCAUGCAACUAGAUUAUUGAUGAGAUAAACUCUAUCAUUUCUACAAGUAAACCCUCAACCACAAAGGCUCAACAGCAACCAAUCAAGUUUUAAAAUAAAAUAGUCAAUAAUAACAAUAAUAUAUCUCUGGAUAAUACACUUCAUGGACAAUCUUGCAUAAUUUACAACGAUAGUAUCAGCAUACCAACCUCAACAAAGUAUAAAUAGGGGUCAGUUGCUGCUCUUUAAAGCUUGGUCAAUACUAAUGCUAAUGAUAAAAAUUUGAAGAUUCAUAAUUUUUCAGAGAUAAAAAAUAAGAUCAGCAUGUUUAAUAUCUAACAGUUUUAAAGUCCUUCAAUGACAAGUAACCUCAAUAAGAUAUAACAGUCACCAGAUCAAGAAAAUACUAAUGAUAAAAGUUAAGCCAAUGGUUAGUAUCAAUCCUCUCCAGAUUCAUUAAUGGCUGUUACAGAGACUCAAACUUAAAAAGAUUUAGUGUAAGUAGAGAGUAAUUACAAGUAAUCCAAACAGAUGAUUAGCAUAUGCACUUAAGAUUAUAACAUAACUGAAUUGUAAUCCCCAGCUCAAGAUCUUCCAUAAAAAUAAAAUAUUGUUUAAUAAAAUAAGAAAAAGCAUAGUAAAAGUCUAAAUCACGGGUAAUAAUUGUAAAAGCCUGAAAAGAAUAAAACCUAGAAUGAAACGAUGGGAUGUCAAAAUAUAAGCCUUUCGAUAUUGAUGGAGGAAGAUAGUAAUUCCUAAUAAGUUCUUGAAACCAAAACAAAAAAUACUCAUUCAACAUCGAAUUUAAGAGACUAAAGAUCUACAAAUGGAGUCCUGUAAAUCCUUAAUCAUAAUGUGAGUAGCAAUCAUGCUGUCAAGAAGCCUAUAUUAGACAAGCAAAGAUCAACUGCAUCACUUGGAAAUAAGAUUCAAGCAACUUUAAAUCAAACUAUCCUUUAGCAAACUCAUAAAUAAUCGAAGUCAAGUUCUUAAAAUAACAAAAAGGCUAAAGUUUAAGUAUAAAGCAAAGCUCAUUGCAUGAUUUAGAAGCAUUAAAAAUCUGUUAAUAAAACUUAGAAUUUAUAGCAAUCUAAAUUACAAACAAAAGUUGACCUUCAAAAAUAACUAGAACAUUUGCAAUCUCAGAGUAAUGUUAGUAUUCAGCAAGAUAAGAAUAUGAGAAAUCUAAAUUCAAGUGCAGAUUCAAAGGAAAAUAAAGCCAUCAAAGCACAUAAGAAACAGAUUUAAUCAAUGGUAAAGAAGCAGAUAAUAAGUAGAACCUUAGCUACUGUUGGAAGUACUUCUUAAUGUUAAACAGCAAAAUAAUCAGAGACCUCAAGCAGCAGUAUUGCUAAAAUUCUAAUGCCUUAAUUUACAAAUGAAAAACUACUCAAGAUUCGAACUCCUCUAAGUUAAAGUAGAACUAAGAAUUCAGCAUAUAAUCCAAGCAUGGAUGGAUCUAAAAGUCUAUGCUCUGAUCUCCAGCUAAGUACCAAAAAGGAAUAGUAAUAUAGAUCUGAGUAAAGUAAUCUAGAUACAAUUCUAAUUGAACUCCCAGUAGAAAAGAAUGCUUUAUCACAGAAUAGAACCUUUGACAGCUCUAACAAUAUUACCAAGGAGGAGCUUUUAACCAUGAGAGAUCUUGAAGCUAUUCAGCAAAAUUAAUAAACUAAAGUUGAUGAAAUCGAUAAUCAAAUAGACCUAGCAAUCUCGAGAGAGGAAUUGAAAGUUAAAGAAGGUCCAAUUACUAUUUAAUCUAAGAAAAUAUCUUCAUAAAACUCAAUUUUAGGUUAAAGCGCAUUCAACUUGAAUGCAGAUUGUGAAUAGUCUAUUAUCCAUUCUGGCUCAAUGACAACGAGAGAAAAAUCAGGUCCUAUCUAGGUUGGAUAUUUAGACAAGCAUACAAUUUUAGUCAAGAAGAGGGCACCAGCUAGUAGACUUCAAGGAACCUAAGCUGAAUCUAGAUUGAGCAAUCUUGUACAAACAAUUUAGAAAUAUAAAAACGAGCAAAGUAGUAAUGAACCCAGAUCUUUAUCAAGAGAAGAAUCAAUGGCUAAUAUGUAUUUCAAACUAGACAACUGCAAAGAGGAAGAACAACUAGACUUGCUUGAUAGAAAGCUUUAGCAACUAUCUCUUGAUAGUCAAUAACUGAGGAAAUCGAAAAUACUUCCAGGGAGCAGCAGCAAUCAUACUAGUAUAUCUUCAAUUCAUAGCGAAAAAUAAAGAAGUAAAAAAGACGAAGACUAAUGUGAUAAUUCAGUUGUGAUAGAUAACGUUGAACUUAGUAGUAGUGUAAUAAAAAUUAAUAAUGGAAAUCAAGUCUAAUAGAGUAACGAGGAUAAUAGUCUCCUAGUAAUUCAGAAUGAGUCAAUGCAUUCCUAAAACUACAAAAGAGAUUCCCAGUCAUCGACUUAAAAAUCAAGAAAUCUCUAGCAAUAUCAAGAGUACUUCUCUUUCUCAAAUGUCGAGAAGGAAAAUCUUAUGAAAACCACUUAGGAAAAUGGAAAUAGCCAGACAAGUGUGAGUAUUUGCAAAGACUCUAAGAAAUUCGACACCUAGGAAUACUGUAAACUUGAAAGAUCAGACACUAUGAUAAAAUUGACUGUAUAAAGCGAUAAGUAAUCUUAGGAACAACAGAUUGAGGAAGAGGAAUAGGAUGAAACUAUAGCUUUUAAGACCUGCUUUAAAGAUCUUACUGGAGAUGUCCUAGAUAUAAUUUCAGAAUUCCUUCCCAAUCAUGAUCAAAUUAUUCCUCCUAUCUUUACUCUUACUAAUUCAACCAUUCUUGCUAACUACUGCAACUACAAAAAGGAAAAUUUUGCUAUACAAAACGAAAUCUUGGUGGACUAGAUAGCCGAGUUAAAGAAGGAACUUUUUGACUACUUUGAUCAGAAGCUAUUCAAGAUGUCAAAGGGACUUAGCAUUAUUUACUUCUCCAACAUUAAUUCAAAGGAAUGGGUCAUUCUUGAAGAGAUGUGCAAGGAACGUGCACUUAGUAAAGAUGAUCUGACAUUGCUUAAAGUUUACAUGCUACUUCUGGGUAUUAAACCUAAAUAGACCAAUCCAGAGCUUUAGGAGUAACUAAAUAAAUUGAUAAAUGAGCACAAGAACAGGUUGAAUCAAAUAUUUAAUCCAGAGUUGCAUUUUACUUUUGGUCCUCAGAUACUUUGCCAGGUUGGUUCCCUGCUUUAAAACUUUAGCCUGGAACACUAUAUCAUAAACUAUCAAAAGACUCAGCAGUCUCAGAUUAAGAAAAUAAGGACGUUAUAAAUUCUAGCCUAGAUAAUAUACGAGGCUCUAUAAUUUUGUAAAAUAGUGCCGAACAGAAUUGAGAGUGACAUCAGAGAGCUGGAAAGGGUGAUUGAUAUAUAUACCAAUCAACAAGAGAGACUAGAUAGGAUGAUAAAAAUCAAGGACGAUGAAUGA